CUUUCAUUAACCUUUACAACAUUUUUACCCAAAUAAAAGCUACAACGCAUUGUCGACUUCAUUAAAUAUUACCUCUACUAUUCAGCAUAUUCUCAACCCCCCCUUGUCCCAGCAAAGUGGUACGUUCCAAGUACGGACUCACCCUGAGUGCUGUAGAGAUGUAACUGGAAGCCAUUUUGGCUCAACCCGAAGCCGCCAGCAGUGUUGACGCCGAGCUCGUUUGAGCCAGAAUGAAGGUUCUAGUACUCCAGUUUCACAUUAGUGAUUCUAUUCUCCCAAGAGGAGUUGCUAGGAUGCAAACAUCAUUAUAAGCUCUACCGACCCCUAUCUGACACACUGCAUACAUUACUCAAUUACAUCUACAAAGACGCCCGGACAAACGAUUUAUCGAUGUCCGAUGACGUUAAUUUAUUCAAUCGCGGCUUAUGUAUAUAAAUAUAAAACAUGAUAUAAUGGCGACGGGGUGCACGCAAGAAUCCGUUCUGGACUUUCUAUUGGAAAACGGGGGGCGUGUGAAAAACAAGGACUUGAUAGCGCAUUUCAAAGUCUUCCUAAGCAGUGAAAAUACGAAGCGAGCCGUGUUAAAAGAGAGAUUUAAGCGUUUUGUGGACAAUAUCGCGUAUGUUAAGCAGGAAAACGGGGAGAAAGUGGUGUGUUUGAAGAAGAAGUACAGAUACGCGGAGAUACGGAGCGGGCGCGCGCAGGAUGAGAAGCCCGAUGUGGAUGAUGUGGAUGAUGAUGAUGAAGAAGACAUCAAUAAAGGAUUGAAAGCGUUGCAGUUAGGAGAGAACGUCUAUGUUAAGGCAGAAACUGGUGAAAAACAUGAUCUGAAUAUAAAAUCUGAGGUGCACGCAGGCGCUGUUACUGUGAGAGAUGCUGAAUGUGAGGAGGUGUGUGUGUCAGACAUCGCACUGAUCGAGAAAGACAGUUCUUCCGUUUCUCACUGUGAUCUCUCAGAGGGAUCUAAUGAUAAUGAUAGCAAAACAAGUGUUCCAGAGCUUUCCAAUGCCCAGCCAACCGGACAGCCGGAAUCUAGGGCAGGAGAACUGGAGUUGAAGGCUACAGUUGGCAAAGCUUGCGUCACAUCAUCAUCAUCAUCCCAGGUCAUCACUAUUCGCCGGAGAACAUCGAGGGGAUCUCAGCGCAGUUUGCUGGGCUCUUCUGAGGAUGGUGCACAGUCACAUGAUGGACAGUCUGAGGAGGCCAGCACCCCGAAAGGCAGCCGCAAGAACUUCAUCGAGUUGAUGAAGAGCAGUUCUCCACAGGUGAGGCGCUCACUGGUGCAUCGCAGCCACGGCCACACGUCCUGCAGAAACAGUGAGUUCAGAUCGUCAUCUGUGGAGGAGGACUGUGCGUCGGUAACCUUAGACCCACUGGAGCACGAGUGGAUGAUGUGUUCGGCAGAUGGGGAAUGGGACAGUCUCCAGCGGCUGCUCGUGUGUGAACCCACACUCAUCUCCAAGAGGGACUUCGUGACCGGCUUCAUGUGUCUGCACUGGGCGGCCAAGCAAGGCAAACUCGAGCUCUUCGCAAAGCUGGUGGAUUUCGCCAAGCGGAACAACGUGUGCAUCGACGUCAACGCGCGGUCGAGCGCCGGCUACACACCCCUGCACCUCGCGGCCAUGCACAAUCACGUCGAGGUGGUGAAGCUCCUGGUCGGGGCUUACGAUGCCGACGUCGACGUGAGGGAUUACAGCGGGAGGAAAGCGUCUCAGUACCUGAAAGACACCGUCACAGGGGACAUUAAAGACAUCAUAGGGGACUGUGCGCACUCGGAUAUGGAGAACGCGUCGGGAGCCGGACGAUGGAAGCUUCCCAGAGUCCUUCCGUCAAACCUGAACCCGCUUCGGCUGCUGAACCACCCCGAGGAGAUCGCAGGAGAUGCCAAACCCAGGUCUCUGUACCGGAAGUCGUCCAUCGGGCGGAUCCGGCUCCAGAGGAACCGCUUCAAAACGCAGAUCGUUCACAGCACUUCAUUCAGGGAGAGCGAGGAGGGAGAGGAUUCGCUCAAGAGCCCGGUCAAAUCCAGGCCCGUGUCAAAUCUCUUCGGCUGAGAUGGGAGUAUAAUAGAUGCAAAUUAUGCAAAUCAGCAGCCUGAUAGGUUUACGUCUGACGGCGUGAUUUAGGUGUUUUGGUUACACUUUACUUAACCCUCAGGUGCUCUUCGUUUCGGAGUCACACUUGUUAUCUUCCCGGUCAAAAGU